AAAACAACAAUAUGUAGGUACAAUGCUAGCAAAACACAUAUUUCUUUCUAAAUUUUACUUUAAAACUUGUCUUUUAUUCUCCAAGCAAACAAACAAACAUCUUUUUAGACUUAACUCUUCAGUCUUCAUGUACAAAAGGCCUUAUGUUUGCAGAUUGAGUAGAAGCCUCCAAGAUGCCAGAGUUAAUGGAGCAGAUGUACUGCUCGCAGCAGAUCGUCAUCCCGCCGAAGUAUCCAUAUGUGCUCAAGAGAUAUUGUAAAGCGGCCAUCAAGACCCAACCUUACGAUCUUCUCCGUUGGUCCUUCGAGUACUUCAAGGCAUUAGCUGAACAUCGGCCACCACCAGUCAAACUCAGACUGGAGUACCCCAUCUACAGCACCGAGGGAGGGCUCACCAGGGGCUGUCUGAAGGUCCUCGCUAAUCAGUUGUCUGGCAUGACGGAGAUCCCGGUGGUGGUGCUGAAGCAGUCCUGGCAGGGCUUCUGCCUGGACUCGGACGAGCUGAAGAGGAUCCUGUGCCUCUGCGAGGUGCACCUUCGCGAGGAGUCGGUGCCUUACCGGUACUUCAUGGCCGUCGCUGCAGGAUUGUUGACGAAGUGUUUGACCCACACAAUGAUCCUGAUUUGCGAGUCUUUAACCAAAGAACCAGAUGGUGGUUCUGCGGCGAUACCAGUCGGGGAGUUCAUCGCUAUGUACAAGUUCUUGGCGGACAUGGACGCCGGGAAAGACGUCAAGUACUACAACGGAUAUAGAGAGGGGGAGUCUCCACCAGAAGAGGAGGCAGAAGAAGAGGCUUCAGCAGAAGCUACUGAUGCUGGCGGCGAAACUCGUGUUGCAAGAAUACUAAACCUGGAUUCAGAUGAAGAAGAAGACUACUGGGGAGACAAGAACGUUCAGAAGCUAACACUCAUCGAUGACCAUGUGGCUCAUAAUGCCAGACUCAGUAUGAAACUCAAUUUGCCAGUGAUUGGCAAGAUUGAGCGGUCUCCAUCCAUUGAGAGAGCGAGAGAAAUAGAAAGAGAUAACUUUAAUAGGGAGAGAAGAGGUAGAGCGGCUCCGUCUGAAGAAACCGAAAAAAAACUGAAACAAAUUAGUACUGGGAAACUAGCUUCGGAUCUUCCUAAAGAAGAGAAAUCCAAGGAAGUAGCAGAUGUACAUGAGAAGCAAGCUGUGGAGAUAUUUGUUUACGAUGAGGAUGAUAAGGAAGUCGAAUACGAGAUAUACGGCGAAUUGCAAGUCGAAGAUCAAGAUGGGAUUCCUGAGGGGUUUUACACUCAGAGUAUGCAAGCUGACGUAGACAUAGAGGCAACAGAUGGUGAACAUCAUGCGAGACAGGGAGAUGACAAGGAGAGAGCUGCAUUGUUCCUAGCUGAAAUCUUCCAGAUUCGUGACGAGCGUAUGAAAGACCUGAACCAAACCUUCGAAGAUAUCGCUAAUAUUGUCGACAGAUUUAGAACUGCGAACUACGAUUUAGGCAUGGUGGCCGGCCGUCAAAUGUCCACAACCAGCGGAGAGUUCAUCGUACACACCAUCGAGAAAGAUAUUAUGGCGUACAUUGAUGAACAGAUUGCCAUACUGCCAGACCCUGAUCUGAAAAAGAAGAAGGCUAAGCCGGAGGAAGUGGCGAUGAUUCGUGACAUCCUCCAAGAGUUCCUGGAUGAGAAUAUGGAGAUCAUAGUGCCAGAGAUUGAAGAAGUUGAGGAAGAAGAAGCUCCUAUUCCAGAGGUAACCACAGUCUACGCGGUCCCCGGCAUCGGGGGUCCAGUGGACCCUGACAUAAUACAUGACUUCAUCGAGUACGCUGAGGAGGUCUGCAAGACCCAGGGAGACCUCAUCAUGCCGCGGAACAUCAGGCACUUCUUAUGCCCACCGCUGGAGAAAUAUGUUGAAAUUAAUUACGAUGAAACUCCCACCAAAAAGGAAGAAGUUGCGACGGGCGGAGGUGUCACAGUGAUUGGGGAGAAGAAAGCAGAAACACCAUGAGAAACUGUAAUAGCUGUCUUAUAGUUAAAAAUAAACUAAAUAGUUUAAUGCACUUUUGCACGUUAAAUGUUAAUUAUUGGAAAGAGUUUGACCAUAUCGAAGUUCGUGGAUUAAAUACACAAAAGUUUACCCUACAAAGUGAUCGAACCCGCGACACUUCGCCUUCAGUGGGUUUGGCGAAGUGACCUCAACCACUCGGCUAUCCGUGCAGUCAAAAUCAUUUCAAUUCAAGAGUAAGCACAUUCCUUGUGCAUGGAAGACACAGAUUUUUACUUUAUUAGACCAGCCAGCAACCUUCUACCAGCUCCUAGCCGAUAUGAAAAAUAAAUAAUCUGUAGCGAGGACAGAAAAAACUCAAACAUUUAUGUUUCGGCGAGUCACAUGGUUUCAUCGACCGAGCAAACUACGAAAUGCGAAAUAUCUAUCCCUACUAAUAUUAUAAAUGCGA